AUGACAAUAUAUAGCCGCCAGGAAAUCAUUGUGGGCCGAGACGCAGCGAAAUGCCAGUAUGUCAUAGAUGAUCCCUACGUCUCGAAUCAACACUUGCGGAUAUACACCGUUAUAUUCGACCAGGAUAACCCGGGUGAAGUGGCGCCGUUGGUAUAUGCCCAGGAUAUGUCAAGGAAUGGCAGCCUGUGGAACGAACACCAGAUGGGAAGUGGUCAGAGGAGCUUGCUUCUCUGUGAUGGUGAUACCAUUCGGCUUCCGGGGGGAGUUUAUCUAAGAUAUGACUCUAUGGUUUUUCCACAAGCGAACAGCUUUUCCCGUUCGCAGGAACUGGAGAUGGCGAUGUUUGGUCAUGAAUAUACUGUUACGCAACGCAAGCUAGGCUCUGGUGCCUAUGGGCUAGUCCAUAUGGCUUACAAAAAAAGCACUGGCCAGCAGUUUGCUUGCAAAAUUGUCGACCUUGUAGCUGUCAAGAGCCGCCUGGAAAAGCAAGGGGAAGCGGAACAUGAGCAGGGGUACGGUACAAAUAUCAGUGCAAAGCUUAGGGAUAAUUAUGCCAAGAUGAAGCUGCGAGAAAAGCUCGAACAGUACCACCGCGAAGCCGGGAUACUAGCAAACCUGCAGCAUCCGAAUAUCAUCGGUCUGGAAAAGGUUAUUCAGAGUGAUAAUACCAUAUAUAUGUUCCAGGACCUUCUCACUGGUGGGGAUCUAUUCUCCUAUAUACAGCACAAGGGCGGGAGGCUACCCGACAUAGAAGCCGCAGUUAUUGUGCGCCAGAUUGUGAUUGCUCUCGAUUACUUGCAUGACCAGAAUAUCGUGCACAGAGAUUUGAAGCCCGACAAUAUCCUCAUGACCUCUCGCGCCGAUGGAUGUAGGGUCGUACUUACAGAUUUCGGAUGCGCCACCUUAGUCAACCCAAUUUCGAAUCGAAUGUCGACUAUGGUUGGAACGUACGAAUUCAGCGCUCCAGAGGUGGUUGUGCAAAGCGACAAGGGCUACACUAAAGCCGCAGAUCUUUGGUCUUUGGGUUGCCUGACAGCAGUCGUUCUCACCGGGGUACCUCUGUUCGAUAAUGUGCCAAAAGGUUGCGGGGGGAAAUCUCACCGCAUGAACGCUAUAAAAAAGCUGAAGUGGACAAUGAACCGGCGCCAAGUAGGUCAACGUGCCCAGGACUUUGUCUUCCAACUCUUGCAGCACGAUGCGUCGGAGCGCAUGGAUGUCAAGCAGGCACUCCAGCAUGGGUGGUUUACCAAUCCUGCGCAUAAGUUGGAAUUCGACAAGCUUUAUCAGCGAUCUACCCACGAUUGGAAACCACGCAGGGCGACGGAGCCACUAAUUGUUGGGCUUGCAUCUUAUGCCAAAGCCCGUUCUAGCCAAUCGAGCCAGAAUAUAUCCCCUUCGAAUGCCGAGUCCAAUGGUCUUAGCCAAGAUUCUUAUAUCAAGUCAGAACCGUGUUCUCAAUGGGUGGGCUUUUCAAUUUUAUCAACAGCCGAACCGGAUGGCCAGCAGAGCAGUGGCCUCACUCAUAUCCCCUCGGCAACCCUAUCAGAUGUAGAUCUUCCUCCGCACAAAAGCAUCACAGCGACUUAUAACCCUUUACGUAUAUCGUCAAAGAAUGCAGACGCUUUUUCCGUGAUUUCUUCCACAAGUCAGCGUGACCCAUUACGCAACCUUACCAACUCUCUAACAGCAUUGAGUUCAUCAGACUCGCAGAGGGAACAAGCACCCCCUUUUUGA